AUUUCGAAAUUUUCCUCCACGCGUUUCCGGUCUUGGAAGCUAACAACAAAUGUUAGCAGUGUCCUGGUUGCUGUGUGAGUGGACUUUACAUUUAUCAUGGAAACGACUGCAGGUUCCUGCCAAGUGGAAAACACAGGUAUCUUCCUGCCGUUGUCAUCAUUAAGGCUGCUGAUUCCUCCUCUGCGGCUUCUUUCUGCAGCCAUGUGGCAAGUGGCUCAGCGGAGAGAGGUUCUGGAUUAUGAAAAGCUCGAUGAGUUUGUGACGAUGGUGACUGCUACAGUUCCAGACCUGCUCAAUCCAAAACAACGUGGCAAACUGCUCCUGCGACUGAGAGCGAAAAUUAUUCUUGAGCUGUGCAGAAAUGAGGAAACAGCGAAUGUUUUGUGCAUACAGCCUCACCUAGAACGAAUCCGCCCACUAGGACACACAGGAAGUGGAGAUGCAGAGGUGGAUGCAGAGGAGGCCAUUUUUAUGGAGCUCAUCCAAACACUCCUGAAAGACCAAGCAGAGAGGCAGCAUUUUUACCAGGAGGUUUUUCCAACAGAGUAUGGUCCCAGCUAUGAUGCAGACAUGCAGCUUCUUGUGUGGGAGUUUCUGUCAAAACUGGAAAAACUCCUACCAGUACCAGACCUCAGUCAGACUGUGUCGUGGCUGACCUCUGCCCCCUCGGUGCUGAAGGACUGCUGGCAAGCGCUCUCCAGUCCUGAUGACCUGACAGCUCUCUUGCAGCACCACAAAUGCCUUGAGCACCUUGGAACACAAGGUACCACCGUGGAAAUGUCCACCCAGGUGUUUGCCUGCUCAGAGUGUCCAUUCUUCCACAUGCAGGAGUCGUUCCUGCUGCAGCACAUUGAGCACAGUCACCCUGAGCAUUACAGCAAACUCCAGAGGUCUGCAGAAACAGCCGAGGCCCCCAAGAAGAAGGCCCAGCGUCCCGAGUUCCCGAAGCCUUUCCCCAUCCACGACAGGUCUGACCCUCACAUGUGCAAAGAGUGCGGCAAAACUUUCACACGUGCCUCAGACGUGACUCGCCACCAGCGGACGCACACAGGCGAGCGCCCGUACACCUGCGAGGAAUGUAAGAAGGGCUUCAAGAACUCUUGGGAUCUGACGAGACAUCAGCGCAUUCACACUGGAGAACGGCCCUUCCUCUGCUCCCAGUGUGGCAAACGCUUCACACAGAUGGGGUUGCUCAAGCUGCACUUCGAAAGAACCGCCUGUGGCCAGGCUUGCAACCCUCCGCUCUUCUUCACGACAGAGGUCGUAAUAGCAGAGGAGCAAUCAGAGGAAGUGGACAGUCAGUAUAAAUGCCAGAAAUGUGGCGAGAGCUUCAGUAGCAUCCUGGAGCGUCUGAGGCACAGGCAGAGCCACGUGGUGAGGCGCCAGUACAAAUGCUCCCAGUGUGAGAAGAUAUACAGCCGAGCGUCUGACCUCAAGAGACACCAGAUGAAACACACCGGUGAGCGGCCGUUUGCCUGCGAGUGUGGGAAAAGUUUCACGCAUGUGUGGCUUCUGAAUAAGCACCAGCAGAUCCACGCCAGGGAGCGUCCGUACCCCUGCACAGAGUGUGGAAAGAGCUUCACACAGCUCCAGAUCCUCAACAGGCACCUGCUGAUUCACAACGGCAGGCGACCUUUCCAGUGCUCCCACUGCGAGAAGAGCUUCACCCAGCUGGCCAGCCUCACGCGUCACGAAAGAAUCCACACAGGCGAGAGGCCGUACGUCUGCAGCACCUGCGAGAAGACUUUCCUCACACACGGAGAGCUGGUGAGGCAUCAGCGUAGUCACAGUAACUUCAGGCCCUUCUCUUGUCCGCAGUGCCAUAAAAGCUUUAAAACCAAGCGAGCCCAGAGCGAACACCUCAACACACACACAGGGGAGCGGCCGUUUGCAUGCAACCUUUGCGGGAAGAAGUUUGCCAAGUCAACCUCGCUCGUCCGGCAUAACCUGACUCACACGGGGGAGCGGCCCCACCAGUGCUCCCAGUGUGGGAAGACCUUCCUCACCUCCGGGGAGCUCCUCCUCCACAAACGGAUCCACACAGGAGAGAGGCCUUAUCCCUGCACCUACUGCGAGAGGAGGUUCAGGUGCUCCUCCGACCUCAACAUGCACAUUCGAACACACACAGGGGAGAAGCCACACAGCUGUGUGUUCUGUAAGAAGAGUUUCUCUACUUCUACAAGGCUGAAGAGACACGUCCGCACGCACAUGGAGAAGGAGAUAGUUGUGGAGUCAUUUUCUCUUUAAGCUGUCACAUGCAAAUGAUAUUACCAGAUGAUGCUUUGUGAAAAUAAAAACUUUUUUAUCA